AUGUCUGAAUCCGAAAUAUCCAAAAGCGCCAUCCAGGCGACGGCAACUUCACCCACUGCCGAUGAAGACGCCAAAAGCACUUCCUACACUGUUGCAGCCAAUGGUAAUGUUAUGGAAAAUGGCCUACAGAGAGGGCUGAAAAGUCGGCAUCUUGUCAUGAUCAGUUUUGGCGGUGUGGUUGGUGCUAGUAUAUGGUAUGGCACAGGGUUUGCGGUUGCGUAUAGCGGUCCAGUGGGCGCGUUGAUUUGCUUUUUAAUCGUUGGAAUUGACGUUUUCUUCGUCAUGCAAUGCUUGGGAGAGAUGUCAACAUUGUUCCCAAUCCCCGGUGCUUUUAUAGAACUUGCCGGCCGCUUCGUUGAUCCUGCUCUGGCAUUCAGUGUUGGGUAUAAUUACUGGUAUCUCUGGGUUACAAAUAUAGCCGGCGACUUCAAUGCUAGUUCUAUUAUCAUGGGUUAUUGGACGUCAGCAGUACCUUCAUACGGAUGGAUAUUGAUAUGGUGGGCAUUCUACCAGGUCACAUCGCUCCUUGGGGUAGUAGUCUGGGGAGAAAUGGAGUUCUACUUUGCCUGCUGGAAGCUCUUUUGUAUCCUUGGUGGAUUCCUCUGCGCCAUCUUGUUGAACACCGGAGCCAUCGGUGGCGAUUAUAUUGGGUUUCGCUAUUGGAAAGACCCAGGUCCAAUUGCAAAUGGCAUCAAUGGAUUUGGGCAAUCGUUUCUUCUAGCGGCGGUGUAUUACUGCGGUACUGAAAUGCUCGCACUGACUGCUGCAGAAAGCAAACACCCCGAAAGAGAUGUGCCCAGGGCUAUUAAACAGACUUUUUGGCGGGUUUUGAUCAUAUUCAUGGGUCUAGUCUUCUUCGCGGGUAUACUCGUCCCUUCAAAUAGCCCCGAUCUCCUCACUGCCGCAACCAAAUCUGGCAAGUCUCCAUGGACUAUUGCGUUCAAGAAUGCCGGAGCCCCCCAACUUGGAAACGUCGUCAAUGUUGUUAUGAUCACGGCCCAAUUCUCUUCUAUGAACUCGGCACUUUACGUUGCAUCUCGAAGUCUCGUCACCCUUGCUUCCCAAGGGCGCGCGCCCAGGUUCUUUGCCAAAACUACGAAGAAUGGUACUCCAGUCAACUCUCUCGUAUUCUGCAAUGCCCUUGGUCUCAUCGCCAUGCUGAACUACAAAGCCGGACCCGGGAAAGUGUUCACCUAUCUCACCGAUAUCUCAGGAUCAGCCACAUACAUCGCCUGGGCAGUUAUUGGUGUGACGCAUCUACGGUUCCGAAAAGCCUGGGCAGUGCAAGGUCACAGCACCGCUGAGUUGCCUUACAAAGCUCUUUUCUACCCUUACGGCACAUGGUUUGUAGUGUUCAUAAACACCUUCCUGACCUUGAUUGCGGGCUAUUCGGUGUUCAUCGAUGGGUUCGAUGCCGUCGGAUUUGUCGUCAAUUAUAUUGUCGUUGCUGUUUUUGUUGUUCUCUUCGUCGGGUGGAAGAUUAUCAAGAAGACGAAGGUCGUACCCUUGAUGGAAGUCGAUUUAUCCACUGGUCGGAGAGAUAUUCCUCGGGAGCAAUUCGCGAGUGAGCCAAAGAAACACAUUCCUUGGUAUAUCGUUGUCAAACGAUUUAUCUUCAGCUAG